AUGACGCGAGCUGUGGCCAACUGGGGCCCCAAGAGGCUGUUGGCGUUGGCCGCCGCCUUCGCCACCACCGGAACCCUCGCCGACUCCGUUCUUAAGACCAGCAGCUUUACGACGUGCGGCAACGAAACCGCCAUUACCGUCCAGAAGAUUGAUAUCCAGUACAACAACGACAACAAGACUGUCAUCUUCGAUGUAGCAGGAACGAGCUCCAAGGUCCAGAACGUUACGGCAAUCCUCGACGUCUCGGCUUACGGCACCGCCAUUUACUCCAACAGCUUCAACCCAUGCGAAUCAGCAACCUACGUCGAGCAGCUUUGCCCUGUGCCCGCCGGUUCUUUCGCUGCCCGUGGCAGUCAGCUGAUUCCCGAUGAGUAUGCCAGCAUGGUCCCUGAUAUCGCCUUCGCUGUUCCCGACAUCGCCGCCCAGGCCAAGCUGCAGCUGAAGGCGCUCGACUCGGGCGAGGAAGUGGCCUGCAUUACGUCCCAGGUCACCAACGGCAAGACGGCCAACGUUGCCGCCGUGUCGUACAUCGCCGCUGGUGUCGCCGGCCUCGCCCUUGUGGCCACUGGCGUGUCGGCCGUCAGCUCGGCGUUCGCUGGAGGCAGUGCUGCCCUCAGCGGCAGCGGAACGGGCGGCGCUGGCACUGUCAGCCCUAGCUUCACCGAGGUCUUUGGGUGGUUCCAGGGCAUGGCCAUGAACGGCAUGCUCUCGGUCAGCUACCCGCCCGUCUACAGCAGCUUCGUCAAAAACUUUGGCUUCUCGACCGGCAUUAUUCCGUGGACCGACAUGCAGAUCGCCAUCGACAAUUUCCGCGGCAUGACAGGCGGCGACCUUACCAAGGACAGCGUCGAGAUCCUCAAGAACAGCACUCUCAUCCUUGCCGACGGGUCGACCGUUGACGGCGGCAGCGCCCUUUUCAAGACCAAGCGCGCCAUGGAGGCCUUCAACACGCUCGUGCUGAGAGAGAUUGAGACGAGCGUCAAUGGAACUUCGAGCGACUCGGACGACCCGAUCUCGACGAUCAAGCAGCAGGUCCAGGGCAUCACGGCCUUUGUCAACACGCUCAGCGUGCCCAAGUCCAACACCUUUAUGACGGUCCUCCUCAUCGUCGCCAUCGUCAUCGCCGCCAUCAUCGUCGGCAUUCUCCUCGUUAAGGUCAUCCUCGAGUUCUGGGCCCUCUUUGGCAACUUCCCCAAGGCGCUCUCGGGCUUCCGCGAGCACUACUGGGGCUCUAUCGCGCGCGCCGUCACGUCGCUCAUCAUGCUGCUCUACGGCAUCUGGGUGUUGUACUGCAUCUUCCAGUUCACCAAUGGCGACUCGUGGGCCGCCAAGGUGCUCGCCGGCGUCAGCCUGGGCAUCUUCACGGCCAUCCUCGCCUUCUUCUCGUACAAGAUCUGGAGCACGGCGCGCAAGCUGAAGCAGGCCGAGGGCGACGUCAACGGGCUCUACGACGACAAGAACAACUGGAUGAAGUACAGCCUGUUCUACGAGUCGUACAAGAAGAAUUACUGGUGGAUCUUCGUCCCUGUCAUCAUCUACAUGUUCGCCAAGGGCUGCAUCCUCGCUGCCGGCGACGGCCACGGCAUGGCCCAGACCUCUGCUCAGCUCAUCGUCGAGGGUCUCAUGCUGUGUCUCCUCCUGUGGGCCCGCCCCUUUGAGCGCAAGUCGGGCAACGUUAUCAACAUCACCAUCCAGGUCGUCCGCGUGCUGUCGGUUGCCUGCAUCCUCGUCUUCGUUGAGGAGUUCGGUAUCGCUCAAACCACGCAGACUGUGACGGGCGUCGUCCUGAUCGCCGUUCAGUCUGCGCUGACGGGCGUCCUCGCCCUCCUGAUCAUGUGGAACGCCAUCAACGCCUGCUGCAAGGAGAACCCCCACCGCAAGCGCAGAAAGGAGAUGGAGAAGAUGCAACGCGACAUGGACACCCUGACGCCUCUCGACGCCCGCAACUCCCUCCUGAUGGACCGCAAAGACCCCGAACACGGCACGACCUUCUCCAUGUCCAGCGUGCCGGAGAAGCGAGACAACCGGUCCCAGUCGCCGGACCACUACAUAGGCGCGGCGGGCAACGUUCCCUACCGGCCCCUGGCGCCCAACACGCCGUACAACAACGCCAACUCGAGCCACGAGAACCUCGUGCUCGGUGCCGCGCCCAUCGCCGACAGAAAGCCGACACUGCCCAACGUGGGCGGCGACUACAGCUCGGGCGGGUACGGCGGCGGCGGCGGGUACCGGGGUGUGUAUCACUGA